AACUUCAAGCACAACAAAUUACACACAAUUUUAUCUCAUUUCGCAAUAUCCCCUUAUUUCAUAUCAAAGUAAGAGAGAUCCGAGGAUGUCUGACAUUGCUAUGUUGGUGGCGGAAGAGUACGAGAGGAGGGUCAAGAGUUUAAGAAAGACUGGUGGUGGUGGUGGUGGUGAAGUAACUUGGGAAAUUGACAUGGUUUCUUGUGCUUCUUUUUUGGCUUCGAGGCUGAAGGAGCAGAAGAACAAGCUUGUCCAAUGGGUUUUGGAACCCAAAACCCAAAUUGCUAUUGCUGCUUCUAACAGCUUCUUCUCUGCUUAAACAAGUUAUUAAUUUUUCUGUUCAUAUGGUUCGUGAUUGCAAAAGAUCGUGCUUGAUUGUUAUUUAUUCAGUCUUCUAAUUUUCCUGAAAUCAUGUACAUAGCUAUGUUUCGAAG